AUGAAGGCCGCUUUCCUCGCUCUCUUCGCCGCAUUCGCCGGGCUCGCGUCGGCGCACAUCGAGAUGGCGUCCCCGCCGCCGCUGCGCUCGAAGCACAACCCGAACGCGGGGCAGAACAUCGACUACUCGAUGACCUCGCCGCUCGACGCCUCGGGCUCGAACUUCCCCUGCAAGGGCUACCUUGCCGACGCGGACGGCAAGCAGUCCGUCGUGACCUGGCAGGCGGGCUCGAGCCAGCAAGUGACUCUUGAGGGCUCCGCGAUCCACAACGGCGGCUCGUGCCAGCUGUCGAUCUCCGAGGACGGCGGGUCGACGUUCAAGGUGAUCAAGUCCUUCAUGGGCAACUGCCCCGCCGCGGCGGGCGUCACCCUCAACGUCGACAUCCCGAAGGACGUCAAGUCCGGCGACGUCGUCUUCGCGUGGACGUGGAACAACAACACGGGUAACCGCGAGUUCUACAUGAACUGCGCGAUGAUCACCAUCGAGGGCGGAGGGUCCGGCCUCGGCUCGUACCCGGACUUGUUCGUCGCGCAGCUCUCUAGCGUCAACUCCUGCACCAUCCCCGAGGGCAUCGACGUCGAGUACCCGAACCCCGGCACCCAGGUCGAGCGCGUCGAGGGCAAGCUUGGCGCCCCCGUCGGCGAUUGCGGCUCCUCGUCCGGCGGCGGUGCUCCUCCCGCGACCACCGCCCCGCCCGCGACGACUGCGCCCCCUGCCACGACUGCUCCCCCGGCUACCACCGCUCCUCCCGCCACGACCGCCCCGCCCGCUACCACUGCCCCGCCCGCGACCACUGCUCCCCCGACCGGCGGUGCGUGCACGGAGGGCCAGUUCCGCUGCGACAGCGAGACGACGUGGUCGCAGUGCGCGAGCGGCGGGUGGAUCUCGAUGGGCGCGGUCGCCCCCGGCAUGGCCUGCCGCGACGGGCAGAUCGUCGCCGCGCGCAAGCGUGGUCUCAACCUCAAGAGCCACCGCAGGCACUGGAACAGCCAUACGGGUGACGAAAGAUGGGUCCUUGAAGAGCGCGACGAGGGCGUCUUCUGUCAGGAAAUGAAUGGCGAAGCCGGUUCGAUGAGUGUACUCGAUAGACAGCAGCAGAACGUACAGAAAAUUUACUAUGCAUGGCAGAGCCUAAUGAUCCUUACACGUCGCGCCACACCUCAGAUGGCUAGAUCGAAGGUCACUUUGCAAGAUUCAGUGCACCAGAACACUGGAGGCGACACGGACAAUAGCAUACCUUCGACUCGCAAACGCAAGAAAUAUGACGCAGAUGACUGGGAGCGCGUCGCACGCAGGACACGACGCAAGCUCUACACGACUGAGGAUAAAGUGGAGAAGCUAGCAGGAAGGAUCAGCGCGUUGCAGGAGGCCGCAGAGCAGGGGGAGAGGCGACAUAUCGAGGAGCUUCAUGUCGCAUCACGAGCAAGCGGAGAGAUGUGGUGGGAGCUACAGAAGACGCGCGAGGGGCUUACAGCGGAGCAGAUGGAGAACACACGCAUUCAGCGUCUCCUAGGCGAGCAGGACGACCGCUUGGCAGCACGGCUGAAGGAGCUUUUCGAUACCAAGAAGUCAAACCGCGCCCUGUCUAUGCAGGUUCUGCGCAGGGGCGGGAGUGCGCGAUCGAAGCGCACGUACUAUCUGAGGGACUCCGUGGUCACUGCCGACUUCCAAAACCGUGUCAGGUCGAAGGGAGCAUUCACGCCCGCGGCCCGCGCCAUAGCACUGAAGCUCGUCCUCUCGGGCUGUGCCGAGCAUGCGGUGGGCGGUGUCAUCCAGGAGCUGGGGCGACUGGUGGGCAUACGACGACUGAACGCAAUCCCGAGGAUGAGUGCACGCACCGUUUCUCGCAUCAUCGCGGAGGGAGGCAUUGCGGCGAAGAUACAGCUCGGUUACGAAAUCAUGAGGAACACGAGCCUUACUGCCAGUGGAGACUCGACAUCUCAUCGAAGGCAGGAGUAUGACUCGCGCUUCGUAGCGUUGAAGCCGGUGACGGCCACCGGCACGUUGUCGGAUACACAUGUACUACGAAGCCUCGGUGUCGACGCAUCCCUCAACCACUCCGGUGAGGAGCAGGUCCGCGGUCUCUUGAAGAAAUUGCAGCAAAUCUGCGAGAUCUUCAAUCGCUCACCUUUCGCCAAACGCAAAGGCCUCGAGAUGAGCCUUACCGCCUUCGCCACUCGCCUGCGUGGGACGAACGGCGACCACGCGAACGACGUGAAGAAGGACAACAAGCUCCUCCUUAUGUGGAAGCUCGAGUUGACGAAGAUCUCGCUCGGCUACGACAAGCUCAGGCAGAUGAGCCCCGAGGACGCGUUCUGCGUUAUCAUACCGCAUGCGCGUGCAGUCCUCCUCGAAGUUGGUGGUCAGGCCGCGUGGGAUGCCCUCAGCGAUGUGGUCCGAGCAGAGAAGGAGAGCGCCUUUAUGCGCAGCGCGGCAGAGGAGGUGGGGGAGCAGGAGUAUGAGCGGCUAGGUGCCAGCGAGAAGAAGAGGCUGUCGCUCUUCCUGUUCUCUGGGUGUUGCAUGCACAAGGAGUUGAACAGUGUCAAGGGCGGCGACACGCGCAUGCGUACCUAUUACCCAAAUCACCCCGAGGUCGCGCCGCCCGUCCUUCUCGCGAACAAAGAUAACGCCGCGGUUCUCGCGGGAGUGAAGGACGGCGAGCAGCUGACCCCGGCGGAGCUGCGUGCGUUGUCCAUCUCUGGCUGCGGCGCUGUGAAGGCAACGACUCUCGCCGGCAUGAUCUGCAACAACAAGGAUAGUAAGAAAGGUCAACACGAUCGCUACAUCUGGUACUUCGACAAGGAACUGGGUCCUGCGGUCACUGCACGUCGCUUCCCCGACGUCAGCAACACACGCUUCCAGUCCCAUUGCGCUGCGUCAUGCGAGAUACUCGUUCACCUGGACCUGUACAGGGACUUCAUGAGGAAUGGAGUCUAUUACAAGAAGGAGAAACCCGGCUUCACCAACAUCGAAAAGAACUUCUUUCGGGCUCUGCACUGCAGUACGACGCUCACCGAAAUGGCUGUGCUAGCCCUCUACGGCCUCUGUGUCUCCUGCCCCUACGUACGCCAGAUCCGCGGUCCUGGCAUGUCCAACCUGAACGCGUUGACGCUCGGCCCGCUUCACAUCCGCUUGAGAAACUUCAUCGAGAAGUUGAUCAACGAUCCGAGCAUCAUUCUCGGAGAUGAUGCUGGGUACACGACCGCAACCUUCGAUGGCGAAGAGUGGGAGAGGCCAGGUGUUUUCGAUGCCAUCGUGUCACUGCGCCCCGCUAUGCCUCACCUGCAGGAGCUCCUUGUAGAGUUCUUGAAGGGCGCGCUUGAGACGUGGGAGCGAUUCACGGCCGAGUUCGACCCUAGCGGUGAUAUCAGCCAGCUCACGACGGAGGAACAAGAUGAAUUCUGGAUGCCCGCCACGAACGACGCGAACGAGAGUGCACUCGGGGGUGUCCGGGUGAACGCCAGUGCACGCCCCAACCAGACGCUUCACCAAUUCGAGGCAAAGGAUAUGUUCCGGCGCAACGACACGCAGCAGUUUGUUGACCAGGAAUUUAUCGCCGAGGAUCACAAGUUUGUACGUGGUGAGGCCCGCCUAUUGCAGGCAUCGCGGCCCCAGAAGCAGCUCCAGCAUGCGCAAGUCGUCCAUGACGAGGAGGAGGCCCGACGGCAUCAGGCCUCCGAGGAGCAGUCGAAUGCGAAGGCGUUGGAACGGCAGAUCAAGCUCGAUAAUACUGUCCUCAUCACGGAUGCGGAGAAGUUCGUUGGGGUACGGAAAGAUGCACUCAUUGAUCAGCUGAAUUACUGGCGCCAUCGGCUGCUCGCGAAGGUCGAGCCCAACACAAAGAUCCCGAAGAAUGUCGACAAAGUCGCGGAGCUUCGCAAGCUUCUUGCACUCUUCCCAGGCGGUGUAGUACCGGAAUCCGAGCGCACAAUUCCCAAAGGAAAGGGUCACACACUUAUAGUAGGACCCGAAGCGGUUCUGCAAGACAUGCCGAGCAUUUCGAUUGCUUCUACAGAGGUUGUGGACCACAGCGUGCGAGAGGAAGAGGGCGAGGAGAUUGAUCUACUGUACGAGUCCGAAGUAGAUGAUAUCUGA